AUGCAUUUCAUCAAGGCUAUUGUCUGGGGUAUAUCCCUUGCUGCUGUCAACGCGGCUGCUUUGCCCGCAGAUGGAUCGGGUGUUUCGACCUGCGAGUACUCCGGCGGCGACCGAGCCUGCGAAGCUCAUUGCAUCGAGAAGGGUAAAACCUUUGUAUCCUGUGCACCUGAGUGCACAUGCUCCGGCCGCUUGGGCAACCCUCUGAGACGCCUCCUCAAGAGGAAGACUACAUCGUCUGCCAAGCCUACCACUGUCAAGGUCCAGGCUACUACAUCCAAGAAGGCUACUACCACUUCCAAGCCUGCUACAACAUCCAAGAAGCCUACCACUACAUCCAAGCCUGCUACUACAUCCAAGAAGCCGACUACCACUUCCAAGCCUGCUACAACAUCCAAGAAGCCUACCACUACAUCCAAGCCUGCUACUACAUCCAAGAAGCCGACUACCACUUCGAAGCCUGCUACUACCUCGAAGAAGCCUACUACCACCUCGAAACCGGCAACUACUAGCAAGAAGCCCACCACUACUUCGAAGCCAGCCACUACCUCCAAGCCGGUUACGACUUCUAAGAAGCCAACGACCACGUCUAAGCCUGCUACAACUUCCAAGCCUGUGACUACUUCCAAGAAGCCCACUACUACUUCGAAGCCUGCCACUACCUCUAAGCCUGUCACCACUUCCAAGAAGCCAACGACCACGUCUAAGCCUGCUACAACUUCCAAGCCGGCCACUACCUCCAAGCCUGCUACCACCUCCAAACCUGCUACUACUUCCAAGCCUGCUACCACCUCCAAGCCUGCUACUACUUCCAAGCCUGCUACUACUUCCAAGCCUGCCACUACCUCGAAGCCCCCCACUACAACCUCGAAGCCCCCCACUACAACCUCAAAGCCUACUACAACCUCCAAGGCUGCGACUACCACUUCCAAGGCUGCAACUACAACCUCCAAGGCUUCAUCGAGCUCAUCCUCCUCCAGUACCAGCUCCAAGGCUUCAACUUCGACUAGUGCUCCGGCUUCUACAAGCAAGGCUUCGACCAGUACAAGCUCAGCUGCAGCUUCUACUAGCUCUUCUGCCUCUACCUCUGCCGCUGUCUCAUCUUCUUCUGCUGCUGCCUCAUCCAGUGCUACAUCCAGCCAGGCCACUGGUGCCCCUGCUGGCGGUGCCACAACCUCCACUUCCGAUGAUGAUGAGUCUACUACUAGCACUCCUGCCAGCCAGUCCUCCAGUGCUGCAGCUUCUUCAAGCACUGCUGUGACUUCUGAUGAGUCUGAUGACGAGACUACCACUGCUGUCUCCUCGACUUCUGCUGGCCAGUCUUCUUCCACUGCCGCUGUUGAUGAUGAGACCACCUCAACUUCUGCUGCUGCUGGAUCUACUACUACUGAGGCCGAUGAGGAGACCACUACUUCCGCUGCUGACGAAGAGACCAGCACCUCUGCCGCCGCUACCUCUACCACUGAGGAGGCUGAUGAGACCACCUCUUCAUCUGCUGCUGUUGGAGCUACUACUACUACUUCUGCUGCCGACGAAGAGACCACUACCUCGUCCGCUGGUGCUACUACUACUGAUGUCGACGAGGAGACAUCUACUUCCGCUGCUGGAGCUGGUACUACCACCACUGAGACUGAUGAGGAGACUAGCACUUCUGCUGCUGAUGAGGAGACUAGCACUUCUGCUGCUGCUUCCACUACCGAUGUCGAUGAGGAGACCUCUACUUCUGCCGCCGCUGCUAGCACCACUGAUGAGGCUGAUGAGACUACCACUUCUGCUGCUGAUGAGGAGACCACUACAUCCGCUGCUGGUGCUUCUACCACUGAUGCUGAUGAGGAAACCAGUACUUCGGCUGCUGCUGGCACUACCACUUCUGAGGCUGACGAAGAGACCACUUCAUCUGACGCUGGUACUUCCACCUCAGUUGCUGAUGAUGAGACAUCCAGCACUACUACUUUCAUCACCCUGACCCGCACUACCAGCACUGCCGAUGAGGAGUCAUCCACUGCUACCUCUGAAAAUCUCACCGGUGCACCUGCUGGAAUCUCUACUACUUCUUCUGCCGUUGACGAGGAGUCUACCAGCGAGGCUGCCACCUCUUCGUCUGUCGCUGAUGAGGAGUCAUCCACUCAGGCCGCUUCUUCUACAUCUGCUGCCGAUGAGGAGUCUACUAGCCAGGCUGCCUCCAGCACUUCUGUUGCUGAUGACGAGACCUCUACUUCCGCAGCUGCCUCUACCACCUCCGUCGCUGACGAAACCACUAGCCAGGCCGCUAGCAGCACCUCUGCUGACGAGGAGUCUUCUACUCAGGUUGCCUCUACCAGCUCUGCUGAUCAGAGCACUAGCCAAGCAGCUUCCUCCACCUCGGUCGCUGAUGAUGAGACUACCUCCAGCCAAGUCGCUUCAUCUACCACUGCUGCCGAUGAAGAGACUACUUCCAGCCAGGCUGCCUCCUCUACUACCGCUGCUGACGAUGAGACUACCAGCCAAGCUGCUGCCACAACAUCUUCAUCUGCUGAUGAGUCCACCAGCCAGGCUGCUUCAUCCACUUCUGUUGCCGAUGAAGAGACUACCUCUGCUGCCGCUUCUACCUCGUCUUCUGCUGCCGAUGAGUCUACCAGCCAAGCCGCCUCUAGCACAUCUGUUGCCGAGUCUACUAGCUCUGCUGGCGCCUCGACUUCAUCGACCGCUGAUGAGGAGUCCACCAGCCAGGCUGCUUCCAGCACCUCCGCCGCUGAUGAGACUACUACUUCCGCUGCCGCGACAACCUCAUCAGCUGCCGAUGAGACUACCUCUUCAGCUGACGCUACAUCUUCCUCUGCCGCCGAAACCUCUUCGUCAGCUGCUGCAACCUCCAGCUCUGCUGCUGACACCUCUUCCUCUGCCGCCGUCGAGACCUCUUCUUCUGCUGAGACUUCCUCCUCCGCCGCUGCAACAUCUUCCGCAGCUGAGACUACCUCUUCAGCUGCCGAGACCUCUUCCUCCGCUGCUGCAACCUCCAGCUCCGCUGCCGAGACCUCUAGCUCUGCUGACACUACUUCUUCCUCUGCCGCCGAAACCUCUUCCUCCGCAGCUGAGACUUCCUCAUCAGCCGCUGCAACCUCCUCCGCAGCUGAGACUUCCUCCUCUGCCUCUAGCACCUCUGCAGCUGACGCUACAUCUUCCUCUGCCGCCGAGACCUCUUCCUCCGCUGCUGCAACCUCUAGUUCUGCUGCUGAGACCUCUUCUUCGUCAGCUGCUGAAACCUCUAGCUCUGCCGCUGAAACCACUUCCUCAGCAGCUGAGACCUCUAGCUCUGCUGCCGCAACCUCAAGUUCCGCUGCUGCUGAAACCUCUUCUUCGGCCGCCGAGACCUCUUCCUCUGCUGCCUCUACCACUUCAGAAGCUGAUGCUACAUCAACCUCGUCAAGCUCUUCCGCUACUGAUGAGACUUCAAGCCAGCCCACGACCUUCUCCACGGUCACGCGAACUGAGUCGGAGUCGGAGUCCUCCACAUCUGAGGCUGCUACCACCACAACUGCCUAG